UACCAAACGUAACCGCAUAGCGCCUGCCCACCUGACGCUGAUUUUCUUCUUGCUCCUGUGCCGCCGUUUCAUCCGGAAUUUUUUGCAAAUGGUUGUUUUUAUUGGUCGAGCAUACAAAUAAAAAUUGAUUCCUGGCUAAUUAAAUAUUCAGCAACGUCUGGACCAAUAACAAAAACCGAAAAGCCUAACGCGGUGGCGGCAUCGAAAAUUCCGUAGAAGCACAAAAUAUAUAAAAAAAAAAUAAGAAAAAUUUGCAAGGCAGCGCUGCGUCUGUGUGAGUGAGCGCGUGUUCGUGUGCGUGUGUGUGUGUUUGUGUGUUGACGACGACGACGUCGAGGAGCGAGUCUUUUUGCCUUUGGUGCGUGCGCUGUUUUUCGUAGGGAGCCCCAGCUCCUCCGCCCCCACAAGAAGAGGCGAUAAAACAGAAACAACAGCGACGCCUGCAGUCCGAAUCCUUUCCGGAGAAGAAAAAGCUGCUGCUUUAGCCAAAAAGCAAAAAAAAAAAAAAAGGAAACAAACACAACAACCCAAACAAACAAGUGCAACUGCAAUGGAGAAGAGAAUAGAAUUGGAGCGGCGCGCACGCAAAGCCAAUCAGAUCACAGAGUUGAAUCUGGAUAAUUGCCGGAGUACAAGCAUCGUGGGCCUUACAGACGAAUACACCGCCUUGGAAUCACUUAGCUUGAUCAAUGUGGGCCUCACCACCCUCAAAGGUUUCCCCAAGCUGCCCAACUUGAAGAAGCUGGAGCUAUCCGACAACCGGAUUUCGAGCGGCCUCAACUAUUUGACGACCAGUCCAAAACUGCAAUAUCUUAACUUGUCCGGGAACAAGAUCAAGGACCUGGAAACCCUCAAGCCCCUCGAAGAGUUUAAGAAUCUAGCGGUGCUGGAUCUGUUCAAUAACGAUGCUACCCAGGUGGAGAACUACCGAGAGAAGAUCUUCAAGAUGCUUCCGUCGUUAAGCUUUCUCGAUGGCUUCGAUUGCAACGACGAGGAGGCGCAGUCAGAUGGCGAUGAAGAUGAUGAGGUUAAUGGCAACGAUUCCGAACAUAAGCGCGGUGCCUUCUGUAUUAAUGGUUUAGAAAUCGAUUUAGACGAGCUCGAGGCUCUGGAGCAGCGUGUAAAGGCGAAAAAGGGGGUUCAGGACAAGCCACCUCCCCCGAAGGAGGAUGAAGUAGAUGAAUUAGACGAGUAUCUGAAAGAGUUGCAGUUGAGGGAGGCCAAUGCUGUUGUCUCUGCACCAACUGUCCAAGAACAAUCUGUGAUAAAGACGACCCAGUCGCCUCCAACAAACCCAAGCAUACAUUUCGCUAUACUUCUCUAUUGGUUUUUGGCAAUAUUGAAUCUUGCCAAUGCCGCAUGUUUUUCCGGAGACGACGACGAGGAGGAUGGCGACAGCGAUGAGAGCGACGAGGAAGAAAACGGAGAGGUUUCCCUGUCCGAGGUAUACAAUGACGAUCUGGAAGAAGACAACUCCGAUUGGGAGGAAGGCGAAGGUGGCGAGGACGAUGAAGAUGAAGAUUCCGAUAUUGAGGAGGCUGAUGGUGAGGCUAAUGAAUCGACCGCCUCAGUAAAUGCCAAUGACAAGGACGGCGAAAAGGGCGAAGAAGAGUCGCAAGCCAGGGGCAAGAAAAGAAAGCAUGACGGCUAAACUUUUCGAACUGUCGCUGUAUCGUCUUGUACGUUAUAAAUUUAAAUAUAUACACCCACACACGCCCACAAAAACAGCCACACACACACAUCAUAUUUUGAUAGAAAAAAUGAUUAACCAUUAGGAAACCUAAAAUUUGUUUCUCUAAAAUGUAAGAAAGAAAAAAAAAUGCAAAACAAAAUCGACAUUGAAAAAAAAAACCCAAAACCCCAAAAAAUACAGACAGAAUACACAUAGGCGGAGAAGAAAAUGAACAUAAUAAUCAAACAAAACCAAGCAAAGGAAAAGAUAAGUUUAAGAUAAAGAUCGGAAGAGGAUCGGAGAUAAACAAACCAAUAAAAAACCGCAUCGCAUAACUUGUAGCCUCAUCCCAAAACCUUAGUUCCAGUUCCAGUUUCCAACCACUUCGUCAGUUGAGUUCGCAACGAGAGAAAACCAAACCGCUUCAAUAAACACAGGAGGAAACAUAUUGUAAAAUUGCUUAGCCCUAAGUUAUUGAGAAUGUAAUUACAAAUUGUACAACAUUUUUAACCAUCUGAUAAUGAUAUCUCGCUGAUGACAUACACAACUGAGAAAAUCAAACAAAACCAAUGCUUUCCGGCAGCGAGUUCUUUUUUUUUACAAUUGUACAAUUUCGGCUUUGUCAACGUUUCGCGUUAAAUCGAUCUAUACACAAUUACUGCUAAGAACUUUUAACUAACUCUUAAGUCAUUCCUUUUUUGAAUACGGAUAAGUUAAGAAAGCUCCAGCUUCAGUUCACUUUCUGCGAAAGGUGAAUAAAACUGGAAUCACAUCUCUCUUCAUUGUUACCCACCUUUCCCGCUCCUCUAUAUUAACCUUUUAACCUCCUAUCUUUAUUUGCAUAUAUACACACACACAUCAAACCAAUCAACCAACCGAAAUUGUUUUCCUUUAAAUACUUCUAAGCAAGAUCCCAUUACAUACCGAAUGUUUCAACAUUUUUAAAGGCAGUAGUAGCAUGUUUUGAUUGUUUAUGGCGAUUAAAGCGAAACAACAAUUUUA